CAAAAUUCAUUCAUCUCUCUCAGAAAGAAGCCCUCACAAACAGAGAAAUAAAAGAAUGAGCAUCCACUUAUCCAGCCCGUUAAUUCAGUUUAAAAUUCCAAUCAAAUCUCGCGCCAAAACCAGAAUUAAAUCAUCAUCAAUAUCUGCCCGCCUUGACAGUUCACAACAGCCAGACCAACAACUCAAUCUCUCCGUUCUUCGCUUCACAUUUGGUAUACCCGGAUUCGACGAGUCGUAUCUCCCGAGAUGGAUCGGCUACGGCUUUGGCUCGCUUCUGGUGUUGAAUCAUUUCGUAUUCUCAAAUUCUGUUACCUCAGCGCAGCUGAGAUCAGAGGGGCUUGGUCUUUCAUUGGCUGCAUUUUCUGUUGCACUUCCUUACCUCGGUAAAUUUCUCAAGGGUGCUACUCCAAUGGAUCAGAAAAUUCUUCCUGAAAGCACCGACCAAAUUUUUGUAAUGUCACAAAAUAUCUCAGAUACUUUGAAGGAGGAUUUGGCUUGGGCUACCUAUGUUUUGUUGCGCAAUACUAACUCCAUAUCUGUGUUGAUAUCAUUUCGAGGUGAGUUAUGCAUACGUGGCUACUGGAGCACUCCAGAUGGUUUAGCUAAAUCUCAACUAGUUGAAUGGUUUGAAAGACAGAUUGAGAAGAUUGGCUUAUCUGAUUUGAAGGAGAGCCUCUAUUUUCCUCAGAGUGCUGAUUCUGGAAUUUGGGAAAUGCUUCCAAAGGAGACUUCUUCUCUCUUUGUACAACCAGUCAUACAAACUCCAAAUCCUAGUGCUGGUGAGAUGGAAAAGAUUGAAGGUUUUGUCCUACUGGCUUCUAGCAUUCGUUAUGCAUAUCGCGAUAAAGAUAGAGCCUGGAUAAGAGCAAUUGCUAACAAAUUUAGAGCCUGGAUUUACGUUUGCAGGACUUGCAUGAAAAGAAUGCCUAAAAGACCGAUUGAUCCAUUUAAACCAUGAUUUUCUUGUAAGGUUCACUGGACAAGUGGUGGAUUUUGUGUUCUCCAAGUGAUAAUUAGUAACUAUUUAUAGCACCAUGGAAAAGUUUAUCAGCCAUAAUGACUACAAGUUGCUAGUAGCAUAUUUGAGCCCUCAGGCUGAGUUUGAUCCUUUUGUCUAUAUUACUGAUAGAUGGCAAGUGUUUGGCAAAUUUGAAAUGAAUGCUAGCUUUAAUUUGUGUUCUUCUUGUUAUGAAUCUAUGUCUCAUUAACUUCUAUUUCCUUUAUUUCAUUGAUUUGGGCUUGCAAUGGUAUUAUUAGUUACCUUGUUAAUUUAGUAUGAAGGGUCAUUACUUUGAUACAGUUGACUAAAUAAACUCAGCUUUUUUUAUUUGGGAGGGGAGUUGGGAGAUCCUUAGGUAGGAUAGAUAAUGCAUAUAUGAUUGCUUAAGAAGAAAUAUAAGAGGAAAAUAGUUGCUUGGAAAAGUAGAGUUGGCUAUUGUACAAGAUGUGAAUCUCAGUAUGACGUAUAUGUUUUAAAUUAUGAAACUGCAAGUGAAUGAUAGUUCCUGAUUGCUGAAGCGAUAACUUUGAUAAAAUUAUGAACCAAAUUUAACUCCUAAGAUGACAGUGUGUAAAUGGAGAACUUGAUGCAUGCUGGGUUGGAGUCCUAAGUUUUGAGACUCAUGUUUUUCUGCUUAUGUUAUGGGUUCUUUGCAAUCUUGUGGAGCUGCAUGCUAUAUAUAUCAACAUUGGCAGUCACAUUUAUUCCUUUUUAAUUGAAUAUGUAAAUGGUCUUUUAAUGUCUGGAAACAGCCCUCUUCAUGUGAUUGUGUCUGAUUAUGAUAGUGAAAAUUCCAACCGUUGAAUCUCAUUAAUUUAAUCAAACUACAUUUCAUAGUGAAUGAAAAUGACUGACCAUGUUCUUCCUCUCUCACUCCACUUAAGCUUCUUUGCUCUACUAUCUGACUACAGGAUGAUGUGGAUCCUUAACUUAAUCAAUUUGAAGGUGUAGAUCGUCACUGAGUAGAUUGAAGAACACCUAAGUUCCUGCAAAAAUUUCCACUAGCCAUAACUGCUCCUGCUAAUUGCACGACGAUGUUGAUUGUCUACUAAAUUAACACUGAGUUUUUGUUAUGAAUCCAGGAGAUUGAAUCAUUUGAGUUUCUACAAAAAUUUCUCCAAACCAUACACCAGAUUCUGCCAAAUAAAACAGAUUUGACCAAGGUUUGAGAGAUUGUUGGCAAUUUGGUUGGCAUCUGUUGACGGAAAAUCCUGUGCAUCCAAGACAAUUUUAUCAUCAGUUCUUCAUGCUUGAGGUCAGUUUUUUAAGUUUUGAGUUCAAUGUGUACAUCAAGUACAGCAGAGAAUUGGAGACAUAUGAAUUGGAAGGAAGCAGAAAUGGCAGCUUGCUGGAGCAGAAUGGAUCCUAUGGAUAGAGUUGGUGCAAUCAAGCAACCCUGACAUGAAUGCAACACUGUGAAGAAGCAGAAGUAAUUUGAAAAAUGUUGAAGAUGAAUGGUGCAAGAAUAGUGUAGCAGGAAAAUAAAAUGGAUUUGAAAUGUUAAUAAUCUCUCACCCUGUGCUCACCAUGGUGGCCUUCUCACAGAAUGCAGAUAAUGCAGAAACUGUCUCUAGCUUUAUCCGUGGUACGUGAACCACACUUCUCAUGCCAAAUGCUGUUGCCUAGUUAUUGAUAGAAAGCACAAAGAAAGCUUUGAUUUCUAGUGCUUAAAGCCACCAAAUAGUUAUACUAUUCUCACUUCUCUGUCUGUCUACAACAUUAGAAACAUUGGAAAAAAAAUGUUUAAGAAAUAUCAAACCUGUUUCACAUUGUCAUAAA